AUGCUAUACUCGCUACGACUACCCGGCCCCGGAGGAGGCGACGCGACCACGAAGUCCCCAUGGGAGAAGCCCUAUGGUAUGAACCACCUGGCGGAAGCAUUCGUGCUGAUGGGACUCGUAGUCGCGAGCCCGGCCAAGCUGCUGCGCGGCGGCUCGAAAAUACUUCCGCAAAUCGCAGUCGGGAUCACCAUAUUACUCUUCGGGGCGUACUUAUGGUCCUCGAGGCUUGCGGGUUAUACCAUGAGUUCUGACUACGGCACAGUCGUUGAAUGGGAGCAUGGGGAGCCGGGAAGCAGAGGUGGUGGAGGUGGGUUGAGGAUAGUGGUGUUUGGUGGGGGCGAUGUUGCGACGCCGAGUAAAUCUUCAUCGCGGCUAGGUGGUCCGAAUGCUGGGUGGACUGAUGUCUUGUGUCAACAGCUAAAUUGCUCUCGAUAUCUCUCAUUCACGCCGCUUACUGGCGACGAGGGGGGCGCUAUCAUCUCAAACUCGCUAUUCGAGGCCGCUUUAUAUCGUACUACAUCCGUAGACAACAAUACCUCGGGGAUGAUUGACUACUCCUGGCUAGUUGAGAAUUAUCCGGUUCCAACCAACCUAGACCUACUCAGCCAGGUCAAGGCCUUUCUUUCUGGGCCCCUACCUCAGCCAACCCCUCAAGAAACUCUGUGGGUGUUUAAUAUUGGGUUUUGGGAUAUAUGGCACUUGGCAGCAUUACCCCGAAAGCUUGCUACUCGCCUCAUCGAGACCGAGGCUGAACACGUCUUCUCACAGCUGGAGCUUCUAUAUAGCGAAGCACGCAAGAACAACUCUGUUGCUUUCUCGAACUACUAUUCUGAUGCAAAUAUAAUUGCUAAGCACGAUAUCGAUAGAGCGCCACUGUCUCGCGCCCCUUUUCGCGUCUUCCUACCCAGACCAUUCGAUAUAUCCCUGACCCCUGGAUUCGAGAACGUCCGCUUCGUACCUCCACCACCACACACCAAAGCCGAGCAGGUCCGCAAUGCAGCGUUCCUGGUUAACCACUGGGACAAGGUAAUGCAGGACACGCUUAGCGAGUGGGUGCGGCUUCCCGACCUGGAAGAGACUGAUCAAGAUGGCAACGACUUGUCGGAUAUUAAAGAUGCCGAUCUCUUACUCAGCAAGAAGAGCACGACGGGGAAAAAGGGGGUGGUGGGACGUCCUGUGCCACCUGCGCGGCGAGAGGCUAUCACUUACGACGUCUCGGGCUAUAUAAGGGAGCUCAUCGUUGAGCAGCAGCUGCGGAACGCGGAUAUUGUCGAUCAUAGCGGACUCGGGGCAAUGACGAGCGCUGAGGGUUACUCGGAGGUGUGGGAGCCUUGCAUCAAACGAGUCACCAUAGGUAACAGCGAUAUUGGCAACACUACCACCACAAGCAGCACCGAACAAGGCGGUGAUGAUGGUAGUGAGUGGCGCGUGUGCGAUGCACCUGACGAACACCUCUUCUGGACAGAGUUUACCGUUAACCGACGAACCAUAUUCGAAGUUGGCAGGCGCGCUGCUGAGCUGUUGAAGCGCCAUGUGCAGAUGGAUGAUGAGUGGCUUAGAAAAACGCAGCAGCCGCUGUCGUCGUUGCGUAAGGGGUCUGAUGGAGCGCCACUCCGAGUUUAG